GUUCUGCUCAACAGGCGCCUUGGGGCAUCACUUCAAGAUGGACGACUUCUUCCUACGCCAUGAUGUGUACAAAGAUCGCGACGCCGACGAGCUUGGCGGUAAGGUCGACUCGGACUCUGAGGCCAGCGACAACGAAGAGUCCCUCCCAGCUUCCGUGCACGACCCAUACGGCCCAUGGCAGGAACAGCAGGAUGUCUCCAAACAAGGAAAGCGCAGACAAUUCAAGAAGUCGACAUUCACUGGGCCCAAAGGCGUUCUCAAUGACUACAAAGCAUACAAGCAAGCGAAGGCAGAGGAACGUGCGCAGGAAGUUGCGGUCCGUGAAAUGGUGCUCGCCCGCAUUGCCAAGGGAUACGUGCGCCCAUCCGAUUCUGCACCACCAGCGCCUGAACAUUCCAAUGGAUGUUGCAACGCUCUGCAAAAUAAUGUCCACGACAGCGACGACGACUUGCUCGAUGAAUUCGAAGAUGACGCGCUCCUGCAGAAGUAUUGCGCCAAACGGGUGGCUGAAAUCCAGUCCGCAGUGCAUGCAGGUGCCCCAACAUUCGGUACUGUCAAGUACUGCUCGGCGUUUGACUUUGUCGACUUGGUGGAUGCCGCCGACCCCCGCACACCGGUGGUGGUGCACAUGUCCGACGAGAGCAACGGCUUUUGUGUGGCCGUCAACAACUGCCUGCAGCAGCUCAGCCCCGAGCAUCCGCGGACCCAGUUCCUCGUCGUUGAACGGGAAGAGGUCGAUCCAAGCAUUCGCCCAGAAGACUUGCCCAUCUUCAUGGUGUACCACGGCGGUUCCCAAGUCGACACGAUCUUAAACGUGGCAUCCAAGCUGCAGCAUCGAGUGACGGUCGAGCGGGUGGCGCUGCUUUUGCACGAGCACAUUUAACGACUCAAAAACGAUUUUUCAUGGUCGAGUUCGCCAUGGUCGAC